UUUUUCCCGCCAUAACCCUAUUCCCGUGUCAUUUCCUUCACUCCUGUUAAGCGAUAGUUACACAUUCCAUUUUUAACACUAUUCGUCAUUGCUAUUACAGUAUUUUCACCUUUAUGAGUACCGUGCGGAUCCAACAACGAUUCAACACGAUCUGAACUAUGUUAACGAAAUUUCGCCUAGCCUUCGUAAGAUGUUAUGUUGACAACUCUUCCCUUACGACUCACUAGCCCGGCUUUGCAGGAUUAACACUUUCGGCCAGUAUUAAAAGACUGUCAUACCGGACGGCUUGCUUAUUCGCGUCGAAAGGCUCUCGGAGGCGAGGAAAAUGGAAAUUUACAACAGGCUCGUCAAAAACUUAAAGAGCUCCGAGAACGUCUACGCUGGUUUGGAGGAAGACCUGAAAGUCCUCGUCUCACCAGGGGAUGCAGUUAAAAAGAAACUGGUCAAAGAUUUUAAACUAGUUUUGCCUAGACUUAUCAUCCUGUCGGUCGAAGCGGAUCCAAAUACGAAAAAAGCUAUACAACAGACGUUCGACACGCUUAAGAACGUCCUCAUCGCGAAUCCGUCCAUAAGGGCAGAACCUUGGUGGAAAGAUCUGGAGACAAACAUUGUCAGCAAUAUCUUUCAGCCAAAAAUGAUUAAGGGGCUUGAAAACAAUGAUACCAGUUGGGUGAACAAUUGGUCAUUUGUCGCAAAUUUGAUGAUCAACGGUGCUCACGUUAAUGGGUCAGCAAUAAAUGCUUUAUUAAAAAUAGUUGAAACGGCAUUCAAGAUGUCAAAAAAAAAUAUGGAAAUUGUGGACCAAGCAUAUACGUGCUGGAUGGAGCUCAUUGAGAUAUUCUCUCUUCAUCCGAGAGUGAUGCCUUCUAAAAAACUGGUCGGGCUUUUGGUCAAACCACUCGCAACAACAUUACAGCCAAAAACAUUCGAAUUGAAAAUCAAAACUUGGAACAUGCUUGUAGAAAAAAUAGGUGUAUUGCACGAGGAAUGCGUUUUGACAAUUGUUAAACCUUUUAUAACUUACAUGUAUCAAAAAGGACCUGAUUCCUUGGCAAAGAUGCACCCUAAUGAAUGCAUCUUCUCUUUGGAGAAACUCUUGAGCUACAAGAAUAUCAGACAGUUAUAUAGCUAUGAUAUCAUCGCUGUGCUUUCAAAUUGCGUAGAAUUCAAGUUGGACCAUAAUGAAUUCAUGAACUUGAUCGAUAAAAUAAUUGAGAUGAUCAAGUCUUUUGAGGGUGCCAAAUAUAACAACCACCUCCAAGAACUAGUGAAGCAGGCGCAGAAGUGUAUGGGAAAACUGGAAAAUUGUAAUUUUCCAGUUGAGCAGAUCAAAAGAAAAAUAGUCUCAAUCAUGUCAGUUGAUUUCCUUUGGUAUUGUGUAGAAGGCAAUGAAAUACCAACUGCAUUUUUAUCAUCUCUGAUGGAUAUCGAUGAUUUCAAAAAUAACAUAUUUAUGCCAUUUGCUAAAUCUUUUAUCACAAAACAUAAAACACAGAACGUAGUAGAAACGAAAAAUGAAGACUUACUGGGAGUUUGGGAUGCAAUUUGUUCUAUAAUGAUGUCAUGGAUAACAAAACAUAAAAGCGUACAAAUAAAAGAUGACGAAGAGUUAAUAUUUUCCUUAAUAAUUUUUCCAUUAUCCCCCAACAUGUGGUCAAGUGCAGUAAACAGGUUAUGGAUAACUUUUUGUGAGAAUUUAUAUAAAUAUGAACUCCUCACGGCAGACAAAUUGAUAAGUUUUCUUGAAAACCAAUUAAACUCAUCAGACAUCACAAUACCUAUUGUCCUAGAGUCUGUAACAAAUUUAUCAAACAUAGAUAAAAAUUUGAUUAAAAAUGUAAUACCUUUAUUGGAGAGCAUUUCUGAAAAUAUUUCUAAUGAUAGUAAACAGAUUAUGGAUGUUUUAUAUUUGGUUGAAAUUGCGAUUGGAAUAGCAUCAAAGUCCAGUAUUUUCAGGCUGCUAAAUCAGAAAUUACACACCUGCGAUCAACUCCAACAACAUAAAAUCAAAACAAAAAUUUUAAAGCUACACAGGAAGUUAAUGUUAAGUGGUGAUGUACAAGAUGACAGCUCAUCCCCGGAUAUCGAGCAGCAAACAAAAAUCCGGUCGUCUUUUAUCAGCCAGAGCAAUUUCCUUCAUAGGUUGGCUAAAGCUGAGGAGAAAAACGCAAUAAAGAAAUGUUCGUUGUCAACCCUAUUUUCUCCAAUUGACACUUGCAAUGAGAAAAAGAAAGAAAAUGAACCUGCUACAAACGAAACUCCAACAAAAGGAUCUGAAGUUGCAGAAGAAAAUGUUAAAAAAGUCUUGCAGGAGUUUCAAGAAAAGAACGAGCCAGUCGUACAGUAUUCAAAUAGUAUUAAAGAAACUAUUGACAAACCUUCAAAUGAGGUGGAAAAAGAAAAUGAUGGUGCUAUAAACUAUCAUGUAACAGUCCCGUCUCCAGUAUUAGUGACACCGAGUAAAAUUCAUGUCACCUCGCAACCUCAUCAGAUAAAGAAUCUGUCCCCGCAGACUAUACCAAUAACAAAGAAAUCGCCUAAAGUAGUAGCAGGGAUUAAAAAUGUAACUCCAAAACGGACAACCCCAAGCAAAUGUACAUACUUUGAUGAAGAUGCAUCAGAUUAUGUGAUGGUCACGCCCAAGCAAAAGAAAAGGGUCCUGACAGAACACCAAAAGGAAGUCUUUUCAAAAAGAAGAUCUGAUAUCCCAGCUCUUUAUCAAGACCUUUCGCAAGAUACUCAAAACACGAGCUCUUAUCUAAAAGAAUCAGAAAAUUCAGAAUCGCAGAAAGAAAUGCCUUACGAAAUGACCCCUGUUCGUAAAGAAACCAACACUGAAAAGACUCUUGAUGAACAAGCCUCUGUCACUGUAAAUUUAACACCUUUGAUGAAUUCAUCGGCUAAAAAGCUUGUCUUUAACGAAGAAGAAAAAUUGGUAAUAACAGAAAUUCAAAGCCCAGUGCAGAAGAAAAGAACACAAAGGGUUACUAGGGCCAAUAGUGAAACAUCGUUAGAGCCUAAAAGAAAAAAAAGAAAAAUUGACAAUAUUCUAGAAAAUUCAGAUGGAAAUUCUUCAAGUUUGCAGCCUAAUUCCAAUGCUUUAUGUAUGGAGGAAAACAAUAAAAAUAACAAAAGUGAUUCUGACAAAAAUAUUACUCAAACAGAAAUGACAGAUCUUACAGGAGAUUCCAAAGAAAUUUCAACAAAUAUCACUCAGGAAAUGUCACAAGAAGUAGAAGAAAAUUCAAUCCAUGAAAAUAACUGUAUAAAUAAGGAUAAUUCAGUUAAAUCAGCCAAGAAAAGAAAAAGCGAACCAGUCAAGUGGACACCGAAACGAUGUCCAGAUAAACCGAAUGGAGACUCUGAUAAGGCCAAAAAUAAUACUAUUCGAACAGGCUCAAUGUUAAAAAAAUGUAAAAGCAAUUCAGAUGAAAAAAGUGACACAGAACUGAAAGAUACUACGUUAGAAAUGAGUGAUACAACGAAAUUAAAUGGUGAAAAUGAAAAUGAUAAAAUAAAACAUAAAAGGCUAAAAAAGAACAAUUCAAUAAAUGUAAGUCCAAAGGUUUUAAGAAGUAAACGUAUCUCACUUAAAACGCCUGAUUCCCAUCUGAAGAAGAAAGUUUCAAUAACAAACACUGAAGUUGUGUCAAGUGAGGAAAACCUCGGCUCAACUACAACAGAUGAUGAUUUCAAUGACAAAUCUCCAGAAAACAAAGAACACAUUAAAAAAGAAAGUGUUAUUUUAUCAGAAGACAAAAGUAAUAAAAAGAUUGAAGUCAGUGUGAUUUUCCAAGAAGAGAUGACAGAAAUUGAAAUUAAAACUAGUCCACCAGGUAACUUAAUUGAUACGACAAAUGAAAAUAAACAAGUAUGUAAUGGAGAUAAGAAAACGGACAUAGAAACAACAGAAAGAGAAAUAUCAAGUCAAGACAGUGAUGAUAUUAUAUACGAUUCCCAAAAAUUAGAUGAUGAUUUAGAAUCAAAUCUGGUUAAAACUGGAGUUGAGCUUAAAAAAGAUAAAAGGAAAAGCCUAGAUUUGACAUUAAAUCAGGAUGCCAAAAUGUCCAAGAUCGAAAAUGAAGACACUACACAGAUGCAGACACCCGUUAAGAAGCGAAACUUGUUACGACCCCUUAGAAGGAAAAGGUUGGUAAAAACAAACGGUAAUGUAAGCCCAACUUCGAACAAUUUAGAACAGUGGUUAUUAAAAAGUGGCAAAACAGUUGUGAAAACCCAUCUAGUUCAAGAAAUGAAACAAGAAGAUAUUGACAAUACUGUUAUGUCGGAUAUGGAGGCAGAAGAUAUUUCCCCGGUUAAGGACAUUGCAGUAAAUCAAACUGAAUUUACCUCUGAGCAUGAAAGUAAUAAGGUUAUUGAAUCCCCAGCCAAGCCCGUUGAAAAUCCCAGCAUCACAUCUAAUGAAUCCAAUUCAGAUAAACCUUCCUAUAUCCUAAGCCGGGGUGUGAGGCUGUUAUCGUCUGUACUCGAAAAUGAUGAAACUGCAAAGCUUCUCAUAGCAAGUACCGCAGAUGCUGGCAGCAAAAUAAGUAGCCCUGUUUCAAUGACCAGCCCUAUGUCCAACAGUCGCGGAGCACAAAUGAUGAGACUGGCCAAGGAAAUCACGCCCAUAUCAAACGUACGAAAAAGAAAGAGCAUCGUACCACUAACCUACGGUGAAAAUUGGCCUAAGGGGCCAUCUGAAGAGUGGAUUGCUCACAUUCCAACUCCUAGUAAGAGCCCGUCUAAAGGUCUCUUAAAGAAUACACCUACAAAUGAGACUACAAACAAGAAAUUCAGACAGUUUGCAGAAGAUAAUCAAGAAACUGCUUCAACUACUCCAAAGAAGAAACGAGUAAGUUUUUUGGAUCCUCCAGUCUCAAGAGGCCUGGUUUACUACAGGGAAAAUAAUUCUGGUAAUUUACACUUAGCCGAUAUACCACCUGGUGAGAAACCAGUGUGGAUUAGACAAGGUGAUGACAUGAUAGAUAUCAAUUCUAGUGAAGAAACCCCUACCAAGGAAGCAAGUAAGGAAACUGAUGAUCUGACUCCAUCUUGUGACGAUAACAAAUCUCCAGUUUCAUCCGACACCGCAGGAAACAUGGAGCUGUCAGAUUCUUCCACAGCUUCUGAUGAAGAAUGUGCACAGCUACGCCAGUCUGUAGAGCAGUUGGAAUGUGGACAAUCUGAGGAAGACGUUUUAUCUCAAGAAAAAGAAGACUUAGGCGAAAAAUACGAUUUAAAGACAUUGCCAAAUCUCAAAAACUGUGUGCAGCCUGUUUCAGAACUUUUUUCGUCGAUGCGUAACUGUGAUUUGUUAGAAAAUGAAUUGAUGAAAUUAGGGAUUAUAAAAGUUGGCGAAUUGGCCUUUUUAACAAAUCCUUCAAUUGAGACACUUUCUAUUGAUAAACCCAAACUUCCAACCCUCUACAAAGCCUUAAAGGAAUAUUUAGAGAAACAGGCAACUGUUGAAGAAAUAGAUCUAACUAAAGAAGAGGAAGUUGUAACAAAUGAAGCCCUUAAGAAAUGUCAAACUGAUUCCCCAUUGAAGACUGAUAUUUAUGUACAAACCUGCCCUGACAACAUUGAUGCUUUCUCGCAGACAGAGAUGAAAUCUUUCAAAGAUGAAAAUGUUCAAUUUUCACAAGAAAUGUGUGAUUGUUCGACACAGCAUACGAUCGAGCUCCAAAACUUCACCGCUCAGACUGAUGAAUCCCACUGGAAGUGGACCGCUGAUCGUAUCCGAGGUUUGUUGAAUGAUAAAUCAUUCUUUGAGAGUCUUUCAAUUGUUUUUGACUAUGAGCUCAUUGGAAGGUUAGCUCAACAAAAGGCAUUAAGCAGUCAAAAUUAAUAUUCAAGGAAAUCUACCAAAAGAGGUAUUUCUUUACCUUCAUUUAUUAAAAAUCUCAUCAUUUACCAGAUUUAGUACAGUUUCAAGGCUCCCUUUUAAAUGUGUACAUUUUAUUUUAUCAUAAAAAUAGUUUUCAAGUACAAAUCUAGUCAAUUGCAAUUUUGAGAUAAUUAAGUUGAUUCAAAUAAAUAGCAUGUUAUUUUAGAAUAGAUUAACAUUUUUUUAAAUACUUAACUGUACUAAGUUGGUAUCGAUAGAUGGUUUAACAAAAAGAAUUAUCAUGAGCUUUAAAAAAACAAAGAGAGUCGUCUUAAAUUUUGGCAAAAUUUCAUUCAGUUUGUAUAUUAAUUAUGUAAAUAUUCUGCUUGGCAUCUAAUAAUCUUGUAAAUUCCAAACACAACAGUUAGUUAUACAAUUAUAUACUUUUUUGCACAUUA